AUGGCGUCCACGCAGCAAACUCGUACCAUCGUCGUCCUUGGGGCCACCGGGAACCAAGGUCGAGGAGUAGUGAGGGCUCUACUCCAAAAGAUCUCACCAGCAUUCCACGUCCGGGCGGUGACACGAGAUAUCGAGGGCUCAAGCGCUAAACGAUUGGUAUCUGAGUUUGGAUCAACAGAUCGACUUCGUCUCGUCAAAGGAGACGUAUACGAUGGGCCGAGUUUGCAUUCAGCCUUCAAGGAUGCAUACGGCGUCUUUGCCGUUACCCAGAACCGAAUUGCGGGCGGAACCGUCGAUACCGAAGAUGACAUGAAGCAUGAGCUCCAAGCAGGUCGAAACAUUAUCGAUACAGCAGAGGCCUGCAAGAUACAGCAUUUUGUAAUGAGCAGCCUGCCGAACUUGACCAAAGCAAGUGGUGGACGCUUCACCAAAGUCUAUCACUUUGACUAUAAGCAUCAGAUUGAGCAGUGGGCUCGACAGCGUUUGCCCGCCGUCACUGCUUUGUUACCUGGUCUCUUCUACAGCAACAUGCUGUGGCCACAGUACUGCCGUAAAGAAGAAGAUGGAACUGUGCGAUUUUGCGCCCCCGUUCCCGGUAAUACACUUGCAGAUUGGGUCGAUCCAGCAUAUGAUAUUGGAGUCUUUGCGGCAGAGGUGUUCGCAGUUGGACCGGAAAAAACCAAAUCCAAAACGUAUCCUGUCGUGAGCCCAAAGGUCCGGUUUUCUGACUUUUCCGACAUCUUUACAAAGUCAACCUCGACACCAUCUUCCUUCAAGUCGACAACCAUCGACCAAUGGGGAGACACAGUCGCCGCGACUGUGGGCGAAGGGUACAGAGAGGACAUCAAGCAGAUGAUGCAGUGGAUCGCCGAGGCGCCAGAGGAAAAGAUUUGCUAUGGAACCAUGGACCCCGAGGAGGAUACCUCUUGGCAAGAUCUUGGCGUUAGGGCGAGCACGUUUGAAGAAUGGCUGGCUAGGACCAACUGGAGAGGGCCAGAAUGA